GUUUCCGGUCCGGGGACGUGGCGUCGCCGAUGACGUGUUCUGCCCGCGCCUCCCCGGAAGCGGGCGGGUGAGGGGUCGCGCGGCGGGUCGCGUUGUGGGCGGCGGCGGCGCAGGUCCGGGUCCGGGUCCGGGUCCGAGAUGGAGAGCGCGAGCCAGGAUAUCAACCUUAACUCUCCCAACAAAGGUCUGUUGUCGGAUACCAUGACAGACGUACCUGUGGAUAAUACUGCUAGUGCAAGGACCUCUGCACCUGAGGGGCUGACUGAGGCUGAGGAAGAGGAGUUAAGAUCUGAGCUUGCCAAGGUGGAAGAGGAAAUUGGUACCUUGCGUCAGGUAUUGGCUGCCAAAGAGAAGCACUGUGGAGAACUGAAGAGAAAACUGGGUUUGACCACUUUUGAUGGGCUGAAGCAGAACCUGUCAAAGAGCUGGCAUGAUGUCCAAGGCUCCAAUGCUUAUAUGAAAACAUCUGAGAAACUUGGAGAAUGGAAUGAGAAAGUGACACAGUCUGAACUAUAUCUUUCAGCCAGCAGCACACUGGAGGACUGGAAUGAAAAAUUAACCCAAUCAGAAGCUUAUAAGAAGACUCAGGAAACCCUGUCCCAGGCAGGACAGAAAACUUCAGCUGCCCUUUCCAACGUGGGCUCUGUUAUCAGCAGGAAACUUGGUGACAUGAGGAACUCUACGACCUUCAAGUCAUUUGAAGACCGAGUUGGAACCAUAAAGUCCAAAGUGGUGGGCGGCAGGGAGAACAGCACUGACCCCCAGUCCCCCACAGGAUCUGGCGACAAGCCCCCCCAGGACAACGCUCCUUUCUAAUCCCUUGGUGUGGCUUUUUGCACGGCUGUGCACAACUGCAGGAGCCCCACUAGUUCUUCACAACAGCAACAGCGUGCAAAUAAAGGAAGGGGGCAGUUCCCAUUCUGAAGAGAAGUAUUCAUACAUCCAUACACAGACAUUGCUGCUGGAGUCAAGUAAAAUAAAAACAAUGUUUUGUACACAAAUAUUUUACACUAAAGUUUGUAGAUGAAAUGUAUCACUGUGCUGUCCUUUUGGGAGAGCAGGUAAAAUGGAGUUUACUCAGCCUAGUCCAGAAAUAGAAUUUCUUAUGCCAAACAUGUGCAUUUCUCACUCCGUGAUAAGCUGCUUGAGUAGGCAAGAUUGUUUCUUUAGGCAGGGUGGGAAGAGCAAAUAUGGAAGAAGCCAACAGCCUGGGAAACACAAAUCUUCAAUUUCUGGCGACAGCCCUCUGUUCUAAAUUAUUUAUGAAGAGAAGUAGUUCCUAGUCUCCCAUCACUGUUCUCUCCCACUACCACAGAGGUGCAGGGCCAGAGCGGCAUUGAAAAUCUUCUCUCUCGUUAAUAUGGGAAUGGAGUAAACAGUCAUUUUCUCUGGGCUCCCAAAAAGGAAACCGUAUAGCAGCUGCCUAGUUGUUACACUAACGCUCUAGCUUUAACAGAACUAAAAUCUUUAUUUUUAAAUGUAAUGAACUUCCAAAAUAAAAGCUAAGUGAGAGCUUGAGCAUCAUAUAGGGAAAUAAUACCUUGGACUCUGAAGCUGAAUGGCAAGCCUUACAUCACCUUAUGCUUUAUUUGUUUAUAAUCUUUUUAUAUAGAGAGAAGCGUGCGGGUUACAAAGUUGGGGUUGGAGCACUGGAGUUUUGCAUCAUACAAUAGUAGCAGCAUGCCUAUGUGCCAGUUAUUGUGUUCAUUUCAAUGUGCACUCUGUUGCCUGAGUGUAUACAACUUGCUUCUCUGUUCUUGGGUGUAUGCCUUCGUCGUCCUUUAAGGAAGAAGCUCUGAAGGCAGAUUAGGAAAGGACAAAGCUCUGUCUCUAGCAAUGUGGGCACUGUACUGGAGAAUCCUGUCUCUACCCUGCCAUUGUGAAGGUGGUUCAGUUUGGAGGGUCCUAAAUAUGAUAGUACAUUCUCUUGACUAAUAUCUCCACCCAUAUUUACAGUGCGUGCAGAGAAUCCUGGAGACUAACUUAUUCCUCAAGUGUCUGGAUAUUUUGCUAUUCUGCUGUCCAGCACUAUCACUCAGGAGCCAUAGAAUGAAAGGUUACCCUAGGGUGGCCUGAUCUUAUUCUAGGCAAAGGUGCCUCCACAUAAAAACCUAGAGUGAGCAAUUCUGUGCCUUAGAGGCUAAGUGGGACUUACUCAGGUCUUUAGGUUUGCUUACAUACAUAUCAAAGUAGUUUCUCUGGUUAGAGUUUCUCUAGGAUAAAAUUUUUUUUUGCCCUCUAGAGAAGCAAGUUUUGACAUUUGAAUUUGCUGAUCAUAAACCUCAAUAACCACCCUUGUUCCCACAUUUUGCAGGUGUUGGGGGGGAUACAUACUAUGAAAAAUUAGAAGGCAGAUGUGAUAGGAAAUAGGUGGAGUGUAGAGUGUCAUUUACCAGGUUUUAUUGUUUGUGGCUGAAAUUACCCUCAAUGUGGGAGAAACAGUGUCAGUUAAAUGCGGGACUGCUGGAGGGUAGAUAUUGAACUGUUUCUCUCUACAGGUGAAUAUUGAGGAAAUUUGUCAAUAAAGCUUUCCACUGGGAAACAAAUUAAGUGAA